UCUUUUUUUUUCUUCUAAAAUUCAGGUGAUUACGGAGCAACAUGGGCAAGAAAACCAAGAAAGAGACAGAGGCACCGCCGAAGGAUGUGUUUGAUACAUUAGCGGUUGAGAGCAAAAAGGCAGCUACUGUGGUUCUCAUGCUAGAGAGUCCUGAGGAAGAGAUACUUAUCAAGGGAUGUGAAGCUCUCUACAAAUUUGCUGAAAAAUGUGAUGAAAACCGAGGAAUGCUUCUGGAGCAUGGUGCUGGUGAACACCUACUAAAACUGAUCGCAUCAGAGGAGAAGACUGUCCGUAGAAAUGCCAUCAUGACCCUCGGCGUCAUGUCAGCUCACAAUGAAGUCAGGAGACUCCUAAGGAAAAGUGACUGCAUCCCAAAUCUUAUCAAGUUAUUAGCUCCAGAAGGUAAUAUUGAAUAUUGAAAAAAAAAUGUAGAUUAGAAUACAAAAACUCAUUAUAAGUGUAUGUCCAUCAAUAUGUAUGAAAGAGAUUACUAUUUUUAUUUGUGUUACAAAAAUAAAACUCUUGUGAGAUUUGAUACUUACCUUUCUGUUUUCCAAUGUUGAAUAAGUUUUAAAUCCGGUGUGUUUCGCAUGAAAUACUACCACCUAUUUGGCAGCCUUGCUUUAUAAGGUCAUCUUCAAGAUUAAAUGGUAGACCAUCCUUUGGAUGCUGCAUUUUGAAAUUGACUUGGAGUUGCAGUGGAAAAGUUACCAUAGGAACAUGUAUAGACCAGUGCUUCUUAGCCAUUAAAAACAAGGGAGAAGUCAGCUGAAACAGAGUUUCCAGACCUGAGAGUUUGUCAAAAUACAAAUGACCAUAAAACACCCACUUAAAGGUAAAUUGUGACAUUGGUUUAUUUCAAAACUUUCUUUUAGAUUUCACUCUUCGCUUUUCAAAAUACUCAUAAACAAGUUCUGAGUCCAUAAAAUGUAUUGCAUUGGCCAAAAGAACUGUUUUUAUUCUCAAAAAAAUAUAUAAAGAAGAGAAAUUUUGCCAAGUGAGCUUUCUUUUGAUGCAGAUUUUGAAAUUGAUAUAAAAAUGAAGAGCGCCACCUUGAGACCAAAUGACAUCAAUACCUGCUCAUGAAUAUUCAUAUCCAUCGCCUCUGCGCUUGUCUCACGUGCCGAUCUGUAUACCGGCUAUACAGUACAGUAUCGGAUUGAACGGCGGAGUCUGUUUGCGACUUUUUCAUUCAUAUCCUGUAGGAGCGUGUGCAUUCGCGCAGUCCCUCGACGGCAAAUUAAAUAACUUGGAAACAACCAAGGAACUUUUUUAAAUGACCAUCAUAAUAAUUGUGAUGUUAUGCACGUUGUUUUUCAAAUCGCGGAGAAUAGGUCCUACGUACAUCUUGAUAUCUGGGCAGAGUACCAGGUACCGAGAGACGGCUUCCUUCCCUUUCCUUGCUUUUCAUCUUUGCUUCGUUUCUCUAGCUGUAUUUUUUUUUCUUUACUUGUCCAGGGUAUGAAGGGAGGGAGAAUUAUGGUUGCUUGUGAAAGGGCUAUUCUUAUUUUUUUUCCCGUUUUUUAUUUCUAUUUUAUAAUUAUAUUUACAUACGCAUUUUUGUUUCGAUUCCGAUUCACUGAAUCGUUAUCAAUUUCUUCAGGUUCUGUAUUUUGAUUUGUUCAUUAUUAUAACGUGUUGUAACAUUUUUUUUAAAGGAAAAGGAAAUCAUUUUGUAUUGAACUAGCUUUGCCGCCAUUCUUCAUUAUUUUGCUUUGUGCGUUAUAUAGGCCUAUAAGAUGCUCUUUCUCUUCCAGUGAUUAUUUGUCAAUAUACUGCCUCAAUGUAUUUAUCACAAAAAAAAUGACAAAUACCGCGUGGCCUAUGCCUUUUUUUUUUAAACAAUAUAUUCUGGGGCGGAUCCAGCUUUCACUAAUAACGGGGCCGGGGUGAACAAUAUUUUCAUCCACAUUUUUCCCGAUCGAUCGGCAGCUCAAAGCUAGUUUUUGUUGGAAUCUAUAGUCGUAACAGUACUAAACCCUAUAAAAAAUGCGAGCGUGAGGUAUUAUUUUCGGACUGUGUAUUGUGUCCUGAAAAUUGAUCUGAGCAAUAUGAUCAUUAAACAAUUAAGAUGCACACUGACGGAUAAGGUGCUCAAAAAUUUGAAUAAGUAAAGGCCUAUUUAGUUCCCUUGUUCGUUUUACUAUAAGCCCUUCAACAAUGUUUCCGUGUUUUGUAUUACAUUGAUCAGUUAAUAUUUCUUUCUGUCUCAUACUAUUUCGAUAUGAAUUAUACCUUGUCAUUGUACUUGUUACUAUGAUUUUAUAUACUAAUAACUCUGAACUUGUGAACCUGUUUAACCAUGACUGAAUGAAUAAAUCAAUAAAUGAAUUGGUAUAGAUGAAUAUAUGUUCCAUCGAACAGGCAAUGCGAACACAAAGCGCGGGCUAAAUUGUUUUUAUACUUGUGUAGUGACAUGAUUGGCUCCCACCCCUCCCCAAGUCUGAAUUCCCCUCACCUUUUUUUAUUCAUUCUUCCUCUUAUAUUCCCCCCCUCUGCUUUCGUUCAUAUUACUUUGCGCCGCCAAUAUCGGGGGGGGGGGGGGGGGCGUAACGUCGGCCUCCUGGAUCCGCCUAUGAUACCGGUGCGUAGGUCUGUAUGUUUCUGUUUCUGUUUCUGUUUGUGGUAACUCCCGUAUAGGAACUCGGCAGGACAGCAUUUUGCUGGUAAACGCCAAGCUGGUAUAUAACCAAUUACCUAUGAAACGUUUUACGUCUAGGUUAAUCAGUCAUAGUGGCUGACGUUAUAGACGACAGAUAUCACUCUCGGGCCUUUUUAUCAAACGUGGAGACAAUGGCAGAGUUGGGAUUCGAACUCACAACCUUGCGAUUAUGAGUCCAAUGCUCUAACCACUGGACCACACGACCCGUUAUAACCAUGUUAUAACCAUGUAACAUCGAUCCCCCUCCAAGUUUCUCUUUGCAUUUUUCUUUUCAACUUGUUAUGGUAGUAUACUGAACAAGAACAAGUAUGACGUCUCCUAGGUGCCUCUCCCUCCACCCACUCCUCCUCGGUCCGCUGCAUGUGCUCGGAUAAUAAAAUUACGUACUUAUCAUGGUGAUAUAUAUAUAAUAAAAAACAAAUUUUAUUGCAAAAACUGCAUUACUCGUGAAUUUGUGUUUCGCAUUUCUGAUGUCUUAUUAAAUAUAUAUAUAUAUAUUCGAGGACAUACAGCUAGGCGGAACUAUUUGGGGGAAGGGGUCUUCCAUCUCUGUGUGAUUCCGAAGUUCCGAUGAUGGUUCAGAGAAUGUACUUCAUGCAAAAUCACGUUUUGGCAUGACCUCUCAGCGCUGGGCAUAUCGACGGACAAAAAAAUGCAAAAAUGUGAUGGAUCGAAAUGGUAAAAAAUAUAUAUUUUAAAGAAAACCAUCGUUAUAAAAUGCAGUCAUACCAACAUAUUUUUGUUAAUACCAGUUUGAACUUAGAUAAAAAUUAUAACCCGAGGCUAUAUUAGCAGCAGGGGCGGCGGAACCGGGGGGCGGCAGGGGCACUUAACCCCCUACAUAAAAAAAUCCCAGUAGGAAAAAAUGCCUUUUUUAAAUGGAGAGUGCACUUAUUUCAAAAUGAUGUACAUGAAUGUCCCUUUUCAAAAUAAAAUACCCUUUUUGAAGUCAAACGAUACAUUUUAGGUUGGAAAUCACAAAAUUUUUGGCUCGCGCUUCGCGCCCACAUCAUUUAUUUUUUAGGAAGGCACUCACUUUGUUUUGGUUACAACUUGUGCUUAUAAUGUUCAAUUUUCAGGUUUAAAUGUCACAAAUCUUCAGCUCGCGCUUUCCGCUUGCAUCAAAGGUACACAUUAUGUUCUUGGUUUCAAACUGCUUAGAAUAUCCAGUUUUCAGGUUGAAAUAUUACAAAUUUUCGGCUCGCCGCGCUUCGCAUCAAUUAUUAUUUAUUAAGACACACAAUUAAGUUCUUGGGUUAAAAAAGUGCUUAGAAUGUCCAGUUUUCUGGUUGGAAUAUCGCGCUCGCGUCCAUUCUUCAAUUAGAUGCACAUCUUUUUCAUAACAAAAUUGCUCGGAAUGUUUGAUUUUCAUGUCUUAUUAGUCAUGUUAGUACAAGCAAUGUCUAGAAUUUAUAGCUCGCGAUUUGCGCUCUUAACACCUCGCAAGAAUGCUCUUUUAACAAUAAUUUGCGCGAUUUGACCAAAAAGCGGCGAGUUUCACAACUUCAGAUUUGAAAAUGUUCAAACUGUUUGCUUGCUACGCUCGCUCCCGGAAAAAUAAAGCCUAAAUAGAUAUUUUAUCAAUCAGAAAAGACUUUAAAAAGGUUUUGCUCAAUUUAAUUACUACAAAACGCACAACUACUUAACACAGAUGAUAAUCUCAUGGUGAAAAUAUAAGUUUGCAUAAAAAAUGCAAUUUUUUGCAUAUAAGUGCCUUUUUUCGCUUUGUCCCCCCCCC